CCAGGGUGCCGGGGCCCUUGGCAGCGCUCUGGGGUCGGUGGAGCGCGUAGCUACGGUUGCAGCAGCUCUCAGGAUGGCUCGGAUCUGGACUUCUCCGCUUCCUCUCGGGAGAUUUGGCUUCUCGGAGCCUCUUUAGUGCCGGAGUUCGGGCCGCAGGCAGCAGGGCGGCAGCCGGAGAACAGAACCUCUGGAUGGAUUCUUCCUGGGAAGCUUUGCUCAUUUGCAGCCGCUGGACAAUGUCGCUCAUUAACAUCUGUCUGUCAGCAUAGUCGCAACAUCAUUUCACUGUGGUGUCAGGGACUCAUCUCCGAAUUCUGUAUAGAAAGACCAUCUGGAUCCCAGUUUUUCAAUGGCUUCAAGACAACCAGAAGUGCCUGCUCUUGGGCCUAGUGGGCCUCUAGGCAAGAUGUCCCUGCCCAUCGGGAUGUGCCGCCGGGCAUUCAGCUAUGAUGAUGCCCUCGACGACCCUGCGCCCAUGACUCCUCCUCCAUCGGACAUGGGCGGCAUCCCUUGGAAGCCAGUGAUUCCAGAGCGCAAGUAUCAGCACCUUGCCAAGGUGGAGGAAGGAGAGGCCAGUGGCUCUCCCAAUGCCGCGACCCCAUCAGCGGCCACUGACAGUGCAGACAAGGUCCCUGUGGUGAAGGCUAAAGCUACCCAUGUCAUCAUGAAUUCUCUGAUUACAAAACAGACUCAGGAGAGCAUCCAACGUUUUGAACAACAGGCAGGGCUGAGAGAUGCUGGAUACACCCCCCACAAAGGCCUCACCACUGAGGAGACCAAGUACCUCCGAGUGGCAGAAGCACUCCAUAAGCUGAAGCUGCAGAGUGGAGAGAGAACGAAAGAAGAGCAGCAGCCUGCUUCUUCCCAGUCCACCCCGAGCAGCACCCCUCACUCGUCCCCUAAGCAGAAAUCCAGAGGCUGGUUCCCCUCUGGUCCCUCCGCAGCCUUACCUGGCUCAAAUCUCAGCACCAUGGAUCCUGGAAGCGGGAAUGAUGGGAACUCAUCAGAUAAAUGGAGCUUCUUUGGACCAAGACCGCUGCAGAAAUCUGAUUCUGGAGGCUUCACCAUCCAGACCUACAAAGGGGCCCAGAAACCCUCUCCCAUGGAGCUGAUGCGUGCCCAAGCCUCCCGAAUGGCCGAAGAUCCAGCCAUCUUAAAGCCACCCAAGAUGGACAUCCCAGUGGUAGAAGGGAAGAAACCAGCACCGAGGACCCAUAAUCUCAAGCCUCGUGACUUGAAUGUGCUCACCCCCACUGGCUUCUAGCACGCGCAUCCUAUCCCAGGACUCUCCUACUUCACCUUGGCUCUGACAUAGGAAUGAUAUAUUUUUUCAAACCCUCUUAAAUGGAGGCUAAUUGAAUUCUGAGUAACAUUAGUGCAAAGCUUGUCCUUGUGUGAAAGAAACCAUUUUGUAUUGUUUUCAAGUUAGAGGGAAAAAUGUCCGUGAUAAUGUUUGGGGGACCGCAUGACCAAUUUAUAUCACUCAUCUUAGACCAGAACUUUGAUCUUUGUUUACCUAGGUAAAUGAUGGUUACACUAUUCCAGCACGAGUCUUCCUGAUUUUUUUAACCUGAUCAAUACAUGAGCAUUAGCAAAUCAUGGCACAGGGGUCUGAACUGACCCACCUGCACUGCUCUGGCUCUCUUGACAUGCUCCGGCCUUGUCAGCUAUGGGAGCGAAGACCUGCUUUCCAGCCAGAGACCCUCUCUCUAAACUGAUUUUUGGUCAUCCUGAUGGGUCACUUGAUCCUGCAGCCAGCUCUGUAUGCCUCUUACUGCCAGUGGAGUUUGCAGUUGGAGGGCUGCUGAUGUGUCACAGAACAAACAGUAUAGUCUUGUGUAAUUCUCUUGCACUUUAAUAUCCAAUUUAGCCAGGCAUGGUGGUGCAUGCCUUUAAUCCCAGCACUUGGGAGGCAGAGGUAGGAGGAUCACUGUGAGUUCGAGGCCAAUGUAGGAGUGCAUAGUGAAUUCCAGGUCAGCCUGGACUAGAGUGAGACCCUACCUUGGAAAAACAAACAAAAAAGUCCAAUUCGGUUGAAAUAGUCCUAAGGGCGAAAACUGAGGAAAAUUCAGUCUACUAAUUUGGUAUUGGUAAAUGGAUCCUAUUUUUUAUUUUCUUUAGUACUGGCAAUUGAACCCAGGGUAUGCUGAACCACUGAGUACCACCCUUAGCUCAUGGGUGUUGUUAUUAUCAUUAAUUUUUUUAAACAAGAUGGUUGGAUUAUAGAUUAAAGUCCAUGUGAAAUUGGUGUCAUCUUAUUUUGAUUUCUUUGUCCAGGUCAGGGCCUGGAACUUAAUAUAGAUGAAAAAUUCAAAAAUUUUCAAGAAAGCAUUUUCUACCAAAAUGAGCCUCAUAGCUUAUGCAACACUUCUUACUGAGAAAAGAAAUAAAAACUGUCUUUUAAUCACUGUACAUGUAUGUCCAUGUAUAUUGAACAGACUGUCUGAUAUUUGCUGGGUUUUGUUUGGGGUAGUAUGUUGUUUACAUAAGGAGCUAACUUUUCUCAUAGUGAAGCCCUGGAGUCUAAAAUUGUCAAAAAAUUAAUUUAUUUGUGUUAUAUCUCUUAUAUUGACAAUAAAAAUCCUUACUACUUUCUCAAA